GUGUGUGCGUUUUUAUUUCAAACCGACCGCGGUCCGUGCACCAGCUCCGGGCUCCGGGGCUCCCACUACGGUUAGGCGAAGCCAGCGAGCGGCUCGCCGUGGAUUUUUGAUAGUGCAGUCGACGCUGAAACGCCGGAGUUCACGAAAACCCGGCGAUAUUUGGACGAUACAAGGGUCGCGGUAUUCGCCGAACGGGAUUAGCAGGAAAGGAAGGGUUGGAAUUUUCUCCCACAAUUUGUGUUUGUGAUUAGUGCGAAUUUUUAUUAGAGGAUUAUUUAUGUUGUCGAUUACGAGGAUAUCGAAUAUAUUUCAAAAUGUCCGGUUUCCGCGUGCUAUUACUACUAGUAAUAGCUCUAACGAUAGCCACGGCAAGAGAAAAACCCAAUAAAUCGACCGGCCUAAUUACGAAUCACCUGAGAGCCGUUAAUCCCGAAUUCGAUGACGCCGAAUACAUGAAAUUCGAAGCGUCCGCUAACGGUAAAACGAUCGCCAAAAACGCCAACAAGAAGGAGAUUAAGGCUAGAGCGAGCGACGAUGACAAGCCGAAGACGUUAUCGCAACAAAUUGCGGACGGCAAAUACGGUCUCAUACACAAGGAACUGUUCAGCAAACCGCCCAAGAGACCGAACGUAAUAAGUUACGAUUUCAAUCCGGAAGUGCCAAACGAUACGAUAAACAAUUUAGGAGGUUUAGAUAAAAACGAGAUAUGGCUGGCCGAGAACCAUUUGCUGGUACUGAGAGGCGGCAGUUUUCCGCCACACGACGACAAGCAGGAUAAUAACGAAUCACCUUGGGCGCCGUUGGAUAAUUUCAAAGCACCGUUACAUCAGGUGAAAAUACCAAAAAAUCCGAAAGUGCCGCCGCCCUUUCCUGUCCAGCUCACCGAAAACGGGCCGCUCCAAAUCCUGGGCACAAACUUUACGCGAACGAUUAAUGGAACGUACCAAGAUGCCCUCGACUCUAUACCGCCCCCCGAAGGUUACCCACCGUUCGACGCGCCGUUCCUCCCACAACCUUACCAUACCGAUCCGACCAACGCUACUGCCCGGCCAGUUGCGCUGCCAAUACCUGUCGACCCUUCGGGGGAGUAUCCGGCCGGGGUGCCGUUCCCCCCAGCCCUCUUGAACGGAACAUUGCCGCCGUCUUUAAGCUAUUUACCGCCGGGCACCGUCGUCCUGCCGCCGCCCGGCAACCAAACGGAUUAUUCCGACUACGACGACCCGUCCAUCUACUAUCCGCCGCCCUACAGCUUCUUCUACCCUAAAGAUAACGCGUCGGCCGUGCCGGCUGGUCCGCUGGUGCCCGGCAUCGUACUACCGCCGCCUCCCGACUUUUUCGCACCUUUGGAGGACGUCCCGACGCCUACUAGGAAACCGAUGCGCAACAGAAAACCCACGACAACACAACUGACAGUCAUCAAAACUACUAGCACUACUAAGAAACCGAUAACGCAAAAAACUGUUAAGAUAUACCCGGUGAAGAACCACCAAUACAUCAAGGAAAUCAAACAAACCACCACCACUACAAUCGCCCCGCAAAAAUCGGUUACUAUACUGCCGGAGGUGUUCACUGUGCCGCCACCGGCGCGAAAGAAACCCGGCAUCACCGUUCUGAGACCCGUCACGCCGCCCAAAGUGUACAUAUACGAUAACGAAAUACCGAACAAACCGUUCAAGCAUUACGGCCCGCCGCCCGUCACCACCACCCAAAUACCGCUCAGAUACCACACCACCGCGCACGACAUCGAAACGAAUUCGGUCGAUCAACAACAAUCGAAUUUGAGGAAACCGAAAUAUGCCAGAACCACCGUCAAACCGGUGCAAUAUUACUUCUACGAAGAACCGGAGAGAUCCAACCGACGACCCAAGACUAACCACUAUCCAGACAACAACGAACCAUAUUACGUCCGACCGAAACCCAUCGUACCGUCGAGACAAAAACGUCCGCAAUACGUCUACGUCACGGCCAGGCCGUACAACACGCAAAAACCUCGCUUCAGGUUCAUACAACAAGCCGUCCAUCCGGACAGUUUCAACAUACACAUCAACAAGCUCCAGCAACAGAUCCACAAGUACUACACCACGUCGCCGCCGGCGUACCGCGCCGUCCCCAAACCCGUCUACCAAUUCAGCUUCCAAGCGAACAACUUCCGCCACCGACCGGACGACCUGUCGCCGCCGGUGCAACGCGCCCCCGAAAAAUACACCGUCGAAAUCCAACAGGCCAUCGAGCUAACGCCGCCGAGCGAAACGCCCAAAUAUCACAACGAUCCCGUCUACUACCAGCACACCACCCAACGACCUUACUACAGCAGCUCGCCCAAAUACCAACGACAGAACGUCGCGACGCCGCGACCCAUCUCCGAAUACUCGUUCGAAGCCACGCCGAACCCCGUCUACCAAGGCUACUACACGAAACCCGACGAGAGCUACUUCGACGAUCGCACCAAAACGUACUUCACCAUGUUCGGCAGGAAACUCCAACUGCCCGGAGGCGGUACCACGCCGCUGCCGCGCGGCGCUUCGUUGGAAGACGACACGCUGGUCAAUUACGCGAAUCCCCGGCCCGGCGUCGAUCCCGACGCGGAGAUAAUACCGGUCAAAGACCGCCCGAGCUACCCGAACGUGGUGCGGUAUCCGCCCGACAACGCGGAGGUCGUCAAGGCGAUACCCGUCGAGGUGCCGUCGAAGGAGUCGCACGACGGUUCGUUCAUUUCCUAUCAGCUGCCCGGCGACGACGGCGCCCAUUUCUACUUUCUGACGCCGCAAUUGGCGCAGCGUCGCGACCAGGGCGUCGGUUAUUUCUAUUCGAAGGCGCGACGAAGGAGGAACGAGAAGACUGCGGAUGUGGAUAGAUGAACGGCCGAUUCGUUUAACGAUAAUUAAAAUGAAACCUAGUGCCUGUUUUUUUUUAUAAAAUUUUUUUGGUCUGUGAUCGUUAGAGAUUUCGCGAGCGAAUCGUGUGUUUUUAGUGAAGUACUUAUUUAUGUCGCGCGUUUAUCGGAAUAGACUGUUUUAGAUGAAUUUUUUCGUUAGGCGGUUCUAGCAAUUAGAAACGCAUUAUUUGUAAUUACUAUGCAGUGUACUAUAUGAAUUUCAAUUUACUUGUUAAUACAGAAAUUCCCUUAUUUCCAUAAGUAUAUGACAGAAGUGAAACUUUCUAAAUAAAUUAUAAGAAUCA